AUGGCUAUCUUCAAUAGGCGUGCUCUAUUUUCAUUGAACGUAGUCUCUCGGGUUUUUGCUGAUGUGCAGAGGUGUCCGUAUCGGUUAACCUACUUGCCGAGCCGAUUCGCUGGUCAUUCUCAUUGGCAGAACGUUAGACACACGAAGGAGGCUAAAGAUAAGGAGCGUGCGCGCAUUACGUCAAAUUUUCUUUUACAAAUCGAUGCCGCUAUCAAACAUAGUGGGGGCGUUAGAGACCCUAAACUUAACAAUCGGCUCGCCUCUGUUAUUGCUGACGCAAAAUCUAAAAACGUGCCAAUGGAUACCAUAAACAGGCGGCUCUCCGCUCAGGAUAUAGUCGAUCCUUACAUUAUAGAAAUCCAAGCACCUGGUGGUAUUUUUGCCCUUAUUGAAACACGUUUUAAGUCCGUGAAAAGUGCACGUGACAAAGUGCAAGGCAUUGCCAAAAAAAACAGUUUCAAGGUAUCGAAGUCGACUCCUGGCUCAAUCACCAAUGAAUUUUUUGAGCAUAUAGGUAUUGUUUCUGCUGCACCUCAAAAAUUCCUUGAAAAUAUCGACAUGGCAACCGAGUUAGCUAUCAAUUGUGGAGCCCAUGACGUGGCUGAGGCGGACAUUGGUGCUGGCGUCAAGGGAUUUGAGUUCCAUUGUGAUGUGAAUGAUGUCAACAAUGUGCGUCUAAAUUUGGAAUCUCACGGCGUCAACGUCUACGAGUCGUAUUGCCCUUAUUUGGCAAUUCGCAAAGUUUCCGUCUCUUCCACAGACCUUAAACUUAUGAAUGAAAUGUAUGAUCGGAUUCGUGGUGCAUUUGACUACGUUGAUAACUUUUAUGACAACUGUGAGGAGACUGAGUGA